GUGCACUCUGGGGUGCGGAGUAGGCGGCGCGCCCGGGGCGCUGCGGCUGUGGAUCUGACGUUGCUCCACCGCGAGGGUGAAAAGGGUUGGGGGGGGGGCGCGUGAGUCCGGCUGGUGCUGUCGAUUACUCCCUCGGAGACCCCGGCGUCUCUUUAAGCCUUCAGCUAGGGCUGUAGGUCUCUUUAAGCCUCCAAGUAGGGCUGUGGAAGUUCCCUAGGGCUGAGGCCCCAAAGACAGUCUUGUGGUACUGGCUGCUGGGGGAGCUGGGCUGGCCCCAAGAGGCGUUUCUUCCCAGCACCUGGAAUUCCAGCGAAGUGGCGCAAAAGGAAGCGGCGCCGGGAAGCCAGGAGGGGCCUUCGGCGGGCAGCUCCGCAGAGAAACUAGCCUUGGGGCCGCUGCGUGAGGCCGGCGCGAUUCUUGGGUCCUAAAGGAAAGUUUCUGAUUUUCAUUCCGGCUCCAGCAUUUCUGAGGAACUCGGGAAAGGAAGCUCAGGGAGAUGCGGGGCAAGAAGUAAGGGAGGCAAAAAUUCGCGCUUACUUAGGGCAGGGAAGAGAAAUGCCAUCGUAACCUUUUCUUUGAAAAGUUCGAGAGGGGCCUUCUUGGCACACUGCCUAACGUCUCCAAACAGAAGUAGCUUUCCCGGGUGCCCGGGGCUGGGAAGCCGUCUGUCGCGCUCUCUGUUCGAAAGCAGCGUGGCGAGAACGACUUCUAAUGGGGCUAGCGGCCUGCUGGUUGAGCAGAACCUCAAGGGACAAGGAUCUCAUUUCCAUGCUAGCUCUGGUUCCAACCUGUCCUGUGUCGCUAAUCCAACUCUCAGGGGAACCCAGAAAGAGAACCGCUACUAAGUCCCGGGACAGCGCACCGCUGGACCAACUUCGGGAGAACUUGUCCGCGCCCUCUUUUUGAGGCCCUAGUUUUCCAAGUCCCGGUCCCCUCUUCUAGUCUCCAAAUGCUUGUUUUAGCUGCACCGGGACACCUGGGAAACUCUGAAAGACGCCUGGGCCUCGCAGGGCAGCGUCCUUCUCCCCACUCCGGCUCUGUCUUUGGAUUUUCCGAGAAAGUCUCCACCCCCAUGCCUCGCUCUUUGCCAUGUGGGACCCCCGAGGUGGGCACAGAGUCUUCCUGUUAAGUGGUUUCCUAUCUGCGCACCUCCGGUGUGAAGUUAGAGUUUACUUUGCUGGGGAAGGAGAGGCAGAAAACAUCACCUUUGUGUCUCAAUUUAAAAUGGUGAAUUACUCCUAUGAUGAAGAUCUUGAAGAGCUUUGUCCUGUGUGUGGAGAUAAAGUGUCUGGGUACCAUUAUGGGCUCCUCACCUGUGAAAGCUGCAAGGGAUUUUUUAAGCGAACAGUCCAAAAUAAUAAAAGGUACACAUGUAUAGAAAACCAGAACUGCCAAAUUGACAAAACACAGAGAAAACGUUGUCCUUACUGUCGAUUUCAGAAAUGUCUAAGUGUUGGAAUGAAGCUAGAAGCGGUAAGGGCUGACCGAAUGCGUGGAGGAAGAAAUAAAUUUGGGCCAAUGUACAAGAGAGACAGAGCCCUGAAGCAACAGAAAAAAGCCCUCAUCCGAGCCAAUGGACUUAAGCUAGAAGCCAUGUCUCAGGUGAUCCAAGCUAUGCCCUCCGAGCUGACCAUCUCCUCGGCAAUUCAGAACAUCCAUUCUGCCUCCAAAGGCCUACCUCUGAACCAUGCUGCCUUGCCUCCUACAGACUAUGACAGAAGUCCCUUUGUAACAUCCCCUAUUAGCAUGACAAUGCCUCCUCAUGGCAGCCUGCAAGGUUACCAAACAUAUGGCCACUUUCCUAGCCGGGCCAUCAAGUCUGAGUACCCAGACCCCUACACCAGCUCGCCUGAGUCAAUAAUGGGCUAUUCCUACAUGGAUAGUUACCAGACAAGCUCUCCAGCAAGCAUCCCACAUCUGAUCCUGGAACUUUUGAAGUGUGAGCCAGAUGAGCCUCAAGUCCAGGCCAAAAUUAUGGCCUAUUUGCAGCAAGAGCAGGCUAAUCGAAGCAAGCACGAAAAGCUGAGCACGUUUGGGCUUAUGUGCAAAAUGGCAGAUCAAACCCUCUUCUCCAUUGUUGAGUGGGCCAGAAGUAGUAUCUUCUUCAGAGAACUUAAGGUCGAUGACCAAAUGAAGCUGCUUCAAAACUGCUGGAGUGAGCUCCUGAUCCUCGACCACAUUUACCGACAAGUGGUACAUGGGAAGGAAGGGUCCAUCUUCCUGGUUACUGGGCAACAAGUGGACUAUUCUAUCAUAGCCUCACAAGCUGGAGCCACCCUCAACAACCUCAUGAGUCACGCACAGGAGUUAGUGGCAAAACUUCGUUCUCUCCAGUUUGAUCAACGAGAGUUUGUGUGUUUGAAAUUCUUGGUGCUUUUUAGUUUAGAUGUCAAAAACCUUGAGAACUUCCAGCUGGUAGAAGGUGUCCAGGAGCAAGUCAACGCAGCACUGUUGGACUACACAAUGUGCAACUACCCACAGCAAACAGAGAAAUUUGGGCAGCUACUUCUUCGAUUACCCGAGAUCCGGGCCAUCAGCAUGCAGGCUGAAGAAUACCUCUACUACAAGCACCUGAACGGGGAUGUGCCCUACAAUAACCUUCUCAUUGAAAUGUUGCAUGCAAAAAGAGCCUAAGUUACAAACCCUAGGAGCUCUGCUUUCAAAACAAAAAGAAACUUGGGUGGGUGGGGGGGGGGGACAACAGGAAGGAAAAAAAGUACUCUGAACUGCUCCAAGCAACACUAAUUAAAAAACUUGGUUUAAAGAUGUUGAAUUUAAAAAGGCAUAAUGAUCAAAUACUUAAUGGCAAAUAAAUGAUGUAUCAGGGUAUUUGUAUUGCAAACUGUGAAUCAAAGGCAUCACAUCCCCAAAGGAUUCCAUAUAAAAGACACUGCAUUGGAGUGGAUCGAACUCCUAGAUGGACCCCAACUCCAUGUCAGAAUAAAAAUGGACAGAACGAUUCUUGUAUAUUUAAACUGAUCUCCGCUAUGAAGAAAUUUAGAAGCUAAUCUGUGUUAUUAAUUAGGCUUAAACAUUGGGGGAUUUACGCUUACAGAAUUCCUCCAUGAUAAAGCUGAACUGCAACAAUUCUCAAGAACUCAUCAGCUGUACCUACAGGAGCCCCUUCCUCCCCCCUUGAAGGCCACAGCACCUUCCGCCCUGUGAUCGCAGAAUCUGUGCUAAAGACCUGUGUUCAGCCACACCCUGUAGUUGCUCCACCAAAUUAUGAAAAGCCUAAUUUUGAAUGUCUGUGUCUUAGACCUGCAAACAGCUAAUAAGAACAGUCUAUUAGUAUGUUAGCUUGCCAUUUUAAAUAUGUUCUGAAGUUUAUUUUGUCACGUGUUCUUAAUGUUAACAAAAAAAAAAAAAAGGCAGUAUCCCUCUUCUCUCUUAUAUAAGCAUUAAUCGAUAUAAAGGGAAAUGACUACCAACUUUUAAAGCAAAUGCUCCAUAGCUAAAGCAAGUUAGACCUUUAUUUCUGCUACUCUUGUUGGAAUGUGGCUUGUGCAUUUUGGAUUUCAUAAAACUUUCUAGCAGAAAGCUUUGUUAGGAUACAUCAGUCUCUUUCACCAUCCAGGUUUGUAGUUCAUUUAAAAAUAAAACAUUAAAACUAUCUUGCUGGGAUGUCAAAUAAUCCAGUUCCAAGGAGCUGAAAACAAAAUUGAACCAUGUUAAACUGUGCAAAAAGAAAGAACAGGAUGAGCUGAUCAAUUGACUCCUCGUUCAUUCUUGCUGUUUGGAACAUCCCCUAAACUUGGGAUAGAAAUGGUGGUUUUUACGUAGGUCCUGAAAAAAAUGUUGAAGUAAUUCAAAUCUUCCCCAAAGGGGAAAGGAAGAGAGUGAUACUGACCUUUCUAAGUCAUAGACCAAAGUCCGCUGUAGAACAAAUGUUGGAGGACAAACACUCGCAAACAAACUCUCCAACCGACUGUAUCAGUAUUAUGAACGUGCAGUGCCACAGGCAUGAACGUCUUGCCUUACUUCACAAUUCUAGAAGGUAACUGUGCAGAUGUGGAUCAACAUUUGUUUAAAAUAAAGUAUUAAUACUUUAAAGUCAACUAAAAUAAUAGUGUUUACAUUCUUUAGGUCCGGGGGAGGGGAGGGGGGAACUGUGAUAUUACAAAAUAGCAAAAGCAGUCAUUUCCUUAAUGUUAUUUUUCUGAUUGGUAAUUAUUUUUAACAGUCCUUGAUGACUGUAUGUCGUGAGACACUAAAAUCAAAAAAUGGAAAUCUCAUGUAGACUUUAAUUUUUUGAGAUUAUCGGCGGCACAAUCACUUGUAGAAACUGUACAAAAAUAAAAGUAUCUCCUAGUCCCUUAAUUUUUUCAUAAAUAUUUCUGGCUUUUAAAUAGUUUAUUUAUAUUGUAUAUCAUAGUUUCAACUGUAGACAAUUACAAUGCUAAUUUAUUGUUCCUUGGUUUCACCUUUGUAAAAGAUUUAGCCAAGACUGAAGAAACCAGAUAUAUGUGUUUACUGUAACAUGUAUAUCUUCAAGUUAGUGGAACAUAGUUCAGGGACAUUAGAAGCGUCUUAAUGAAUUCAAAUCAUUCACUUGAUUAAAUGUCUGUAAAUCUUCACAAUUCUUCCUAUAGUUUAUUUAAUAUCUAUUGUAAAAUAUGUGACUUGUAGCUUCCUCUGUUUCCAAGUAAAUUUGACAAGGUGGAGUCUUACCUGGUUUUCCUUUACAAGCAUUGUAAGUUGUAUACCAAAGAUAUUAGUUAUUAUUUCUGCGUGUACAAGAAAGGAUUAUUUUAUUAUUUUUAUUAAUCACCUCUAAUACUCGUCCACAUGAAGGGUACACAUUAGCAAAGCUGGGCGUUCACUCUUACAGAAUCUCAGUCACCUGUGUUAACUUCAGGUCUCAAAGGGAAAUGAGAAAUCGUUGAUCUGAGCUCAUCCCCAAAGCAUUACCCGUAGAAUGGCAGCCUCAGUGACCUCCACAGUUAUGAACCGAGUUGGCUGAAAGACGCAUAAAGAGGAAUGGUGCUGUCCAUAGUUAAUGAAAUGGUGCCAUCAUAGAUGUAUGACAUGGGUGGAGAUGGUGAUGAGAGUUGAAGGAUAGUUACUUGCAGGUUCUUUAACACUGAAAAAAAAAAAAAACAAAACACCCAAAUACAUGGAUUCAAGUUUUGUUUUGUUUUAGCAUUGGGGUCUUGCUCAUUGCCCAGGCUAGAGUGCAGUGGCAUCAUUGCAACCUCAAACCCAUGGGCUCAAGUGAUCUUCCUGCCUCAACCUCCUAAGUAGCUGGGACAAGCAUGUACCACUGUGCCCAACUACACUGACUCUUAAAAUCCAUGUUUUAUUUUAAAUUCACAGUACUCCCCCACUGAAUAUUAAACCUGAAAAAUGUAGACUAUUUGGAUGUUGUUAACCUAGUAGAUUACGUCAUGAGAAGGGUUAAAAAGACAAGCAACACACUGACUUCUAUCCACACUGCUGAUGACACCAAGGACAGGCGCUGACAAGCCAGGGUCCACCACAGCCAGCGUCUGGCCCACUCAAAGUUAGCAAGUGAAAUUGUUAGCCAGUUUGCCAGCUGACAUUUACUGAGCAACUGCCUUGUCCAUGACAGGACUUAUUAGUAAAAGCAGACUGGAAUAUAAAGGUUUUGGGCUUCGCUUGGUUUAUUAUAGUUGGUCUGUGUUUGUAAACACCCAGUCUGUACUAUCUGAAUAUUUGUAUUACAGAUCUGCAGCUGCCUCGGACUUGAACUCGUGCAAUGUUUAGAGUGUGAAGUUGGUUACUUGUUGAUGUUUUCUUAACUGUAUCAGUGGAACACAUAUUGUCAUGUCAGUUCUUGCCAGGAACUUCUCAACGAAAUGGAAAUUUUUUUUCAGUAUUUCAAUAAAUAUGGAUAUGCCCAGCCUGACCAUUUUUAAAA